AUGGCGCCCCACGGUGACGAUGACCACUACCACCCGGUCGAUGCUCUCAAGGCCGGCAUCCAGGGCGCCAUGAUCACCGGUGCUGCCGGUAUCUUCGCAGCCGGUAUCAAGAAUGCAACCAGGAGACAGAACUAUGGUGCAUUGGGCGUCUUCACCCGCAGCGGUGGCAUCAUCUUCACCUUCACCGCUGUCGGAGGCGCCUACGAGUUUGCCCGCAACGCAGCUGCCAACCUGCGGGAGAAGAAGGAUCACUACAAUGCAGGCAUCGGAGGCUUCUUUGCCGGCUCUCUUCUCGGUGUUAGAGCUGGCCGAAUGCCCGCCGUCCUUGGCUACGGCGCCUUUACCUCAGUCCUUCUCGCAGCUUUCGAGUACACAGGGUCUAGCCUGAGGGGAAAGAAGCCGGAGAUAGAGGGGAUGGACGAGUUUGAGAGGAAACAGCACCUUCGCACAAACAGGAGGCGGCCUCUAGAGGAGACACUAGCAGAGGUUGGAGAGGGUCGAGGUAUUGAGCCACCAGGCUACCAGGAGCGGCGUCGAGAGAGACUGAGAGAGAAGUACGGAGUCGAGAUCAACCCCGUGUCGGCACAGGCUUCAUAG